AUGGAUGCUAAUUAUGAGGAUCAGAGCAAGCUUCCCGAGCUCAAAUUAGAUGCCAAGCAAUCUCAAGGAUUUCUCUCGUUCUUCAAAACCCUCCCCCAUGACCCAAGACCUAUCCGAUUGUUUGAUCGUCGGGACUACUAUACUGCCCAUGGUGAAAAUGCUACUUUCAUUGCAAAGACCUACUAUCGUACCACUACUGCUUUGCGGCAGUUGGGUAACGGAUUGGAUGGCUUAUCCAGUGUCAGCGUUAGUAAAAACAUGUUUGAGACAAUUGCCCGUGAUCUACUACUGGAAAGAACAGACCACACUCUUGAGAUUUAUGAGGGUAGCGGCUCAAGUUGGAGGCUGGUGAAAAGUGGAACACCUGGAAAUCUUGGCAGUUUCGAAGAUGUUUUGUUUGCCAACAAUGAUAUGCAGGAUACCCCAGUGGUUGUUGCACUAUUACCUAACUUUCGUGAAAAUGGUUGUACAGUUGGGUUAGGAUAUGUUGAUCUAACUAAACGAGUACUUGGAUUAGCUGAAUUUCUUGAUGAUAGCCACUUUACAAAUGUGGAAUCAGCUCUAGUCGCACUUGGUUGCAAGGAAUGUCUUCUGCCCCUAGAUAGUGGCAAAACAAGUGAAAUUAGAACAUUGCAUGAUGCAUUGAAUAGAUGUGGUGUGAUGUUAACUGAGAGGAAGAAGACUGAAUUUAAGAUGAGAGAUUUGGUUCAGGAUCUCAGUCGGCUUGUCAAAGGCUCUAUUGAACCAGUUCGAGAUUUAGUUUCAGGGUUUGAGUUUGCAGCUGGAGCAUUGGGGGCAUUGCUCUCUUAUGCAGAGUUACUUGGUGAUGAGAGCAAUUAUGGAAAUUAUAGCAUUCAAAGAUAUAAUCUAGGCAGCUAUAUGAGGUUAGAUUCUGCUGCAAUGAGGGCACUUAAUGUCCUGGAAAGCAAAACGGAUGCAAACAAAAAUUUCAGUUUGUUUGGUCUUAUGAAUAGAACUUGUACUGCUGGAAUGGGUAAACGAUUACUGCACAUGUGGUUAAAACAGCCUUUAUUAGAUGUAGAUGAAAUCAAUUCGAGGCUAGAUUUGGUACAAGCAUUUGUGGAGGAUCCUGCCUUCGCCAAGAUUUGA